AUGCCAGCAAGCCGCGACCGAACAUUGCUGGUUGGCGUGGUGUCAGAACGCACAGAUCCCGCACGGGGCCCAAAAGACCUGCUUGUCAGAGACGAAGACGGCGUCGCAGGCUUCUCAGCGCUGGCUGUAGGAGACCUUGUGGUUCUCGAUGCACGAACAGAAGGGCUCCGGCUGAUUGAUGGAGAACGACUGGCCGACAGUUUUGGUGUGGAUAGCACCGCAGACUUCAUUGGCGUCAACUCAGGGCCAGGAACAAUCUUCCUCACAACUUUAGGCGGUGAAACAAUGUCCUGGCUUGUGCUGGAAGUCAACGGAGACGAAAGCGCAGAUUCAGACACAACUCCACCUCCAUUGAGAAUCCAGCUGAACAUACAUCCGUCGUGA